UAAUGUCAACAUUCCAAGGAAGUCCAGAGCCCCCGGAAUCAAGGACUAGGAUGCCAGAGAAAGGAUGGACCGCGAUCCUCGUGAAUCCUGGGAUUUGGUGUAAGGGCAAAGGCUAAGAAGCCAGAAGUGAAGAGAGAAAUCCCGUCCACACUGCUGAAUCUGAGCACCAUCCGAAGAAUGUCCCGUUUCAGUAACUGGAAGGCCUGCCAGGUCAGCAGAAGCUUGAUGCCAUUUGACAACAUCAGAGCGCCCCGUGAGAGGAGGAAGGAGAAGAAGAAGGAAGCCCUGUUUGAAGAGCAGCCCCGGCCCCUCGGUCAGAGGCUGCCGAAGGGGGAAGGGGCCCAGAUCGCGGGCGACAAGACCAGGGACGCGGGAGCUGACAAGGCUGCGGAGGAUGGCACUCCUCUCGGCAAGAGAGACUCCCGGAAGGACGCCAGGGGAACAGACUGGAAGCUGCCAGUCCCCCUGGGACCUGUUUACCCACCUUUGGUCUCGAGUCUGAGCUCCAUGAAAGCCCUGGGACGAAGCUGGGAACUGUCUCCUCCGACGACAAACAGGUUCCGGAUACACGACGUGCAUGCGGCCCGCCUGCCCCAGCAGGGCCCCUUCCAGAACUUCAUGGACCUGAAGGCGGAGAAGAGGCUGGCCGGCCGCAAGGAGCGUCGCAGCCGCUUUGGAGACAUCAACACUCACAAGUCUUAUCAGUUUGGACAGAUUUUCUGCCCUUUCCAGGCCCUUGCCACCACGGUGCAAACUUCCACCUGGACUCAAGCAGAGAUACAGCUCCGAACAAUCACAGUGGAAUGCAGGGAGAGCUUGAGACCCAAGGAGGAGACUGCCCACACUUAGACCACGUGCCCAGGCAUGAAGAGGAAGAACGAUGAGUGAAAUUCACAACUGACAAUGAAUCUGCUUUACAUACAUCUUUGCAGAAACCCAUUAAUGCACCGAGCGAGAUCUACACAGACAGUCCUAGAUCUGCUCUAGGACUUGAGCAAGGCAGGACUCAGAUGAAAAUAAUAAA